AUGUAACAAACUCAUUAAUUACUUGAUUCGAUUGAGAGAAAAGUACAGAAUUGUGUCAUAAGAGACUAACAAUAUGAAAAAUUACUUUUUAGCGGAAGACCUUCACAUAUUGAAAAUACAGUUGACAAAUAAUAAAAAUAAUUGGGAGAUUCAAAAAUUACAUUGCUUGAUCAUCAUUACUAGAAAAAGUUUGAAAAGAUGGGCCAGAGAUUAGAAAAUUUAGAAAAAGAGAAGGAAGUUAAAGUAUAAAUAUCUAGAGAACAAUAAACAAGUGAUUUUGAGUAGGAAGAAGCACGCAGCAUAGUGAAUUUGAAUAGAACCAUCAAAUUAUAUUCAUCACAAAUUUCAUCGUUAUAAGAGCAAAUGAAAAGAAUGUAAAUGAACUAUUAGAAAUAAAUCUAAGAUCUACAAAUAUAGCUCAGAAAAUAUUAACUUUGAUUUAAUUUCUUAUCUUAAAAAUCCAAUACUAAAUUUAA